AUGUCUUCGGUGUCGCUCACAUUGAAUCCAAAUGGCUCGGCCCAGUCGCUCGGCUCGCUCCAUGGCCUUCACUCACACCCUGGUGGCCAGUCAUUCAAUGGGGCUCAUUCACUUCACGGCUCCGCGCCCUCCACACUCCGUUGCACGGGCACACCACAGCAGCCGAUGCCGAAGUAUGUGGAGGCGUUGGACCAUCUCAGCACCAAACUGAAAAUCCCUGCGAGCGCAGUAGAACCGACAAAUGCGCUGCAGGAUGACGGUCUUGUUCCGGGUAUUUGCCGUCUGCACCUCGAGGGUCGUUGCAGGCAAGGCAGCCGUUGCUUCCAGGUGCAUGUCCACUGGGAUGUUUUGGAGGCGCUCCGCAAGGAGGCCCUUGAGACUCCCUCAUGCUGCUAUCUUCAUGGUGCACCGUGCAACUACGAAGGUCUGCCGUUUAACUUAACGGUAAACAUUGGCAGCAGAUCAAUUGGGCUGCAUUCCCUGAGCCCAACCAGCUGCCUCUGGAAUGCAUACAACGAACAUGGUGAGAAUCAGCUUACUGUCUCAAAAGGACGUGUUUGCCGAGAGCACAGGCGGGGUCUGUGCCGCUUCGGCGAGGAAUGCGGAUUCCUGCAUAUCUGCCGAGAAGUCCCACUCGACGGAGAGGACUACAUCAGCGCCACACCUAUUCCUACUCCACGUGUAAAUCCCAAAGCUGGUAACACAAACGGUUCUCCUGCAGCUAACAACAACAAUGGUGAAGCCAGUGGUGAGGGAUGUGUACAACGUGCUAAUGAAAGCCAUGCUGAAGAAGGCUAUGUUACUGCACAAUCCUUCAAUGCCAGCAGCUUUACUGCUGCUAGCUUCAACGGAGGGUAUCCUGUUGGUGGUCUCAGCGCUCUUUGCGGCAAUGGCUUGCACCAGUGCGGUUCUUUUCUGGGUGGGGAAAGUGCAUGCGGUUCUGUAAAUAGUUUUUCUCGUAGCCGUCAGUCGUUCAGUUGCCGCAUGAAACAAAUGCCCGACGGCGAUGGGACGGCGUACAAGGCACCACUUCUGCGUCCGUUGGGGGGAAGCCAAGCUCGUAACUCGAUAAGUCAGCGGCACAAUCCCUACGCAGAUGCUUCUUCUCCCCACUAA